UGGAAUUAAAAGGCUUGCCUUGGAGGCCUGGUCAUGUAAGCCUAGGCUAGGUCUAGACCCCUAGAAAGGGCUCUAUGUGUACUCCUUCAUCUUUACCCCACCUGCAAUACUAUAGGGCCCGUAAAAAAAAUUCCGAACUCAUUCUAUUUGCCACUUCACGAAUAAGCCUAACAUCUGUUACUGUUAACUGUAGGUAUAGACUAUAGUCGCUAGGUCCUUAAUUUUGCCACCUAUGUCAAGCUGAUUGGUUGUCAUAGUUGAGCUAACCAUUUUAAGUGGUGAAAUAAGGGACUUGGCAACUACAGUAUAUGGUCACAGACGUCACAUUCUAUUUGUCUACUGGUAGCGACCGCAACGGACUACUGUGCAUCAUCUUCUGCGUAGGUAUCGCCGCGUGUGCAAAAGCUGGUAAACACGAUCUCGCUAGAGGGGAACCAAAACGGCCACGUUGCAUGCCUGGUACUUGGCGCCAUUGCAUUGGAGUCGUGUGUAAAUGCAUCGCUACGGUACCCUCUACCUAUCGCAAAAAGUCCGACAAAAAUCGAUCGAGUUUUCGCUGAGAUUUGUUUGAUCGAGUUUGGAGCCAAGCAGACUCCUGUGAAAUGGAGACCGUGGACUCUGAGAAGCAUACUGGGCUGAGAGAAGAUAUCGAGCAUUUACUUGAACAGUUUUUACUGACACAGAAUGUACGAUUCCAAAUGUUUGCUGAGGAGUGGCGCAAACUGAACUUCACAUUCAUUCAUUUUGGAAUCGAGAAAGGACAAGAAAAGAAAGAGGCAAUGCAGGAAGCCUUUCGGAUAACUACUGAGUACUUUCUGCCUCCAUAUGACCUGCAGUGGCGUGUUGGCGCUCUCUACAUUCUCUAUGCUUUGUACAUGACUCAGCCUCAUGUUCCCAAGUUUAAGAUCCGCAUUUCCCUAGACCAGUGGAAGAGUGUAGCAUCACUCGUUGACACCUUACAAAGUCAGGGACAUCUUGACACCCUGUAUGUGUUCCACAAAAUGACAGUUAGCAAGGCAUUCAUGUUUACUGCCAUGCCAAAAAAGAUGAUCUUCCAUGCCUCUUACAUGGAAGGAAAGUCCGAUCAGAAUCCCACUGAGCGAUGGCUUGAACGUCACAGGCACAGUCUCAUGACGGAGUGCUUUGACGACAACACACUGGAGUUGCACCAUGGACUACAUGAGCAGUACCAGAACACAAAGUUGAAACUGAGUCUCCAUGACAACACCUCCUUGAUGAUUGUGCGGGAAUCCAUCACAGAAUAUAUCGUUAAGAGAUUCGAAAAACUGGAAGCAGAUUUUGAAGCAAGCCAUGAAGUCAACCAGACAUCCAAUGCCAGUGAUUCAGAAACUGAGGAUCGGAGCUUAAAAAUAUCCCAGAUCAAAGCUCGCUCCUAUUCCACAGUUACAAAUGAAACAAGAUCAAGACGUCACCGCCAACAGACAGCACAAUCACCAUCCAUCCCUGGUCCAUCGACAGCCAAGUCCAAGGUCACGAAGAGCAAAGGUCUCCCUGGACGGAAAGGCAAGGGGAGGGCAACCCAUCAGUCCUCCAACACAGAAACCUCCGAGCAGGAUGAGAACUCGGAUGAUGAAACCUGGACUCCACACGGUGUGAAAAAACGCAAAUCACAGCCCGAAAAGAAUGCAGCCAUGUCAAGACGAUCGCAGUUGCUAAAGAGCAUUAAAAAAGUGCAGGCAGGUAUUACACGCACCACAGAGCAAGAAAUCAUCAACAGUGAGGAAGAUGGUAAUGUUGAAGGAGACUUGACCAAGGCAAAGAAGGGCAAAAGGCAUAAAAGAAAACAAUCAUCCACUGACACCAAUUCUGACAGAUUCAAGGCAACCAAAUCCUCCUCUGCUGCUGGAGGAUCAGCACGCGGUAGAGGGAGGCCGAAGAAAGCAGUUACUAACUCAAAACAAAAGCAAAACAAAUCAUCUAAUAGACCAAGCGAACAGCCAAGCCCUAAUUCCAAGACUCCUGAGAAGGAGGCAAAAUGUCCAAGAAAAGCUCCUCAAACACACUCUACUUUGUCCCCACAAGGAGAAACAACCAAGGGACCACCACCCCCAGAAUCCAACCAGAAAGCUUCCAAGGAGCAUCAUAUGGACAAGCAGACAGUAAGGAGUACAGACACACCAAAGAAAAGGAGGAGAUCAAUAUCAGAUAAUUCAACCGGUCAAAAGAGAGAUGGAUUUCAAGAUGCCACCCCAAAGAAAAGGUUGAGAAGCUCAGAUAAGGCUAAGGAUGUAGCUGCUUGCAAUAAGGAGCUCACCAAAGAAGAUGACAUAGCUCAACAAGGCAGAGUGCCCAGAAAAAGCACCAAGGACGAAACAAACAGCGUGCCUGGAACACCUGCAAAAAAGCAGGACAGUACUGCUGUAGAAGCCUCUGUUGCAAGAAACUCUGGGAAUGAGGGUCCAUCAGCCAAAGGGGAUGGUAUCCUGGAAGCGAGUUCAAGAACUCCAAAACAAGAUUCAUCACCUUCCCGAGGUCACAGGGUACCUCCCCAAGGUCAGGGGUCACCGCACCAAGAAGGCCAGAGCUCUGUGCCGAAAUCAAGAUGUCUACAGUCAGCAUCAACAAGAGGCCAGAGUUGGGCAUCAAAGACCAGGGGUAAAAGGCCAUCACCUGUAGGGGGUCAUAAGUCAGCUCCUAAAGAUCAAAGGUCAACCUCCAAAGAGCAUGGAGAUUCCCCAGGAGAGCAAAUGAGGUCACUGAGGUCCAACAUCACUCUGAAAAUGCGAGGGGGUGGGAUUGGAGCCAAGACGAGGGGUGCAAGACAAAAACGUUUGUGAAACAAAGGAACGUUUUGUAUCAUUGCAACACAUCAGCUGCAAGGCCCGACUGCUUGACCAGUCGUCCAUGCAUUCUACUUUCAAUACAUUCUCCAUUAUAUUACAUUCAACAAUGGAAAGAAAUUUUUUUGUGCAAAAUGCCUUCAUUAGCAAAUUACAUUUACAUGCCCACUUUUUAAAAGUUUAUUAAUCCUGACGGUCUUGAAACCUCCUAUUUAGAAUUAAGGCUCAAAAUGUCUGCUUUUAAUUCAACUAUGAUAUCUGGCAGAGGUCACAUUUUAUUUACUCAUCACCAUGUGAGUAUAUUGGAUUCAGCCCACGUUAAACUCUACUAGCAUAGGGCACAUUUAAAUUCAAAAGUGACUUGAAGUAAAAACCUGUCAGCAAAUUUGGUUCCAGACUAGAUUUAUAACUACCGUGACAUUCAAAUUCGUCGGACAUUUGUCAAAGGAGGUAGGCCUUCACAGGGUUAAGGGGACAAUUUCUUUUGUGAGGCAAAUUAGGACCAAGUUGUUGGGACAUUUUUCUGUCCCCAUAACGUUUUAAGUCCCCACAAAAUAGUGAAAUAUCAUGUGACCUGUCCGCGGUGUUAAUCCGCUUGCUCUAAAUGCCCCAAACCAUGGUAUACUGUUUCAAAACAAGGCAGGAUUAUCUCCACUUUUUGA